UUUCAGCGAAGCAACCCUGGGUCAUCGCGUCGAUUUAAUAUCGUUGGAAUAUUUUCUGUUGUCUUAAAUAUUAUUGGUUUGGAGUUUAAGUAAAUUUAUUGAAAAUAAUUAUACAUUAAAAUGAGUGAUCCACUGCUAAAAUCUGGGAGAACGACUGUUAUCUCGUCAGAACUUUCUGACCUAAAGUUCGUUAAAUUGCAUAGUCCUAAAAUGAAAAGUGUUUAUUGGCAGCAUUUUGGAUUUCCUACAAAUGAACAUGAUCGCAUCAUUACAAAACAAAAUGUUGUUUGCACACUGUGCCACAAGGUUUUAACCAAUCAUGGAAAUACAACCAAUUUACGUGCUCACCUGCAGCAUCGUCAUAAAGAAAUUUUUCAAAAGAUUUGUAUUGAAAAUGGUAUAAGAGUGCCUCCACGUCGUCCACUCACAAAAUCCAGUAGUAGUGGAUCAGCGAUUGGACGCUUAAAACGGGAUCCCUUGCGUCAUAAAGUUAAAAUUGAGUGCAGAGAACCUAUUCAGGAAACUUCAAACACUGGCAGCUUGCAAGGAGAAGAACCUUCAAUGCUCUACGAAACAAUGGUACCCAUGACAUAUGAUGACGAUGAUGUGAUUGAUAACGAUCACUUUGUUAAAGUGGAAGUGUCUGGUUCUGGCAAUGUUGGACUGUUAAAAUCUAAACCUAAUUCUAAUGAAACCAUGGAAGUUAUAACAAUGGAUCCAAAAUAUAAUAUGAGCUCUAACUAUAGGUCUGAAAUGGGAGAAAUGGUGAAUCAAUAUCAAUUGCAAGAUGCUUUGGUUAAUAUGGUAAUUAAUGAUGUGCGCAACGUGGAUACACUUUAUGACCAGGGAAUGUCCAUAUUCAUACGUACACUUUGCGGCAACGUAGAGUUGCCUUCGGAUAAAAAGAUUGAGGGUCUUAUUCGUGAAUUGCACAGCGAUAAGUUGACAACAUUGGCAAGUCAAAUUAAAAUACGCUCACAAAUUAAGCCGUACUCUCUGGGAUUUGAAAUUUGGAAGAAUGUCGAAAAUAAGCACUUUAUGUCCAUAUACUUCAAUUAUACCACAGAUGCACCAGAAUACAAUCUUCUAAAUCAGUUGUACUGCACCGUCGAAUACAACAAAUUCACGUCUAUAGAUGAAAUAUUUGAAGAAUUCAAUUUGGAAAAUUGUGCAGCAGCUAUUGUGAGCUAUGAAUAUGAUGACUAUCUUAAACACUUUUUAAAAAGCAAAGAUAUACCUAUCAUAUUAUCCUACGAUAUCACUGUUGAUAAGUGUUUGAAAUUGGUAUUUGCUUUACCGGAUGUUGCUUCAAUAAUUGAACAAGUUAAAGAAAUGAUAAUGCGCUAUGGAUCCGAAAUCAGCUCUAAGGAUGUAGACAUUCCUACAAUAAAUGAGGAGUUUCCAUGGACGUUUUAUGAAUUAUUAAAGUUUUUUUCGGAAACGGUAUCAUGGCCCGAAGACGUAGAUAUUCUAGUUUCUUCGUCAAAAGUCAUAGUGGAUUCAAUAAACAUAUUGGCCAUAACAUUGGACACGCUUAAAGGAGAAGAAAUUCCCCACUGCAGUAUGUUGUCACCUAUAACCUCAAAAAUAGUAAACAAGAAAUUAGCUUUGUGCGAAUCCGACGAUGAAUUUGUGGCUAGCAUAAAAACAACUAUUAGUAGGGAGCUUCAAGAAGUUGUAAUUGCAGAUCAUCACUUAACAAUAGCAGCUUUGCUUGAUCCACGUUUUCAUCGAUUAACAACAGUUAAAAAUAUGGCAAAAUGUGUUCAAAUCUUAACCAGUAAAUAUAAUAAAUUACAUCAACAAGAAGGUGGUAAUGUUACACAAGCAAAGGAUACAACGGAAAGUAAACCUGCCACUUCCACUUCGAGGAAGUCAAAUUUGGAGAUAUUCUUUGACAUUCAAGACGAACCUGCUCCCACAUCUGCGCCGCAAGAAGAUUGCAAUGUAGAGAACGACUUAAAACGAUACAGGACAGAAGUUUAUGCUAAUUUAGAUGAAUCACCGUUUUCAUGGUGGAAUAAACUGGGUCAUAUAUUCGGAAGCCUAAAACGUUUGGCUCCCAUAUACCAGUGUAUGCCGUGUGUAGUGAACAUGAAUUUUAAGAAACCUGUAAAACAGCAAAUUUAUGAACAACAUAAAAGAUUUAUGCUUACAGGCAAUUUAAUUGAUGCUAUACUUUUCUUGCAUAAUAAUAAUGACAGCAAAUUUGAUUAAUAGUUUUCAAGAAGGGAGAAAUUUCUUAGUUUAUAAUACAAAGUAAAUAGCUGAAUAUCAAUUCAUGGAAGUACAUACCUAUAUGCAGAAUGUAUUUAAAAGAAAAAAUAAAUAAAAUAUGAAUAUACAUAUUGUAUAUAAAUAAUAAAUUUGUUU